AUGGAAUGCAGGCCCAGAAUGCUGAAGGACUUUCUCAGCGACAACCUAAACUCUUGUUCCUCAAGCGGUUUCAAAUCACUUCCAAGAACACCAACCACCAUGCACACCCUCAUAGAAAUGGAACUCAACUCAUCAUCACCACCUUCAAACUCACCCUUCCAAACACUCAUCAACACCAUAAGAAGCAUCUCUUUCUUCACCUCAAUGAGAAAAUCGCCCUCCGUACUUUCCCUUCCCAGAAGCCUCUCUCGCAAACUGUCAUCUUCAAGGAGGAGAAGAACCAGAAGCCAAGGGUGCAACGAUAUCAGCAUCACAACGGUGAAGAUCAAGGACAUCAUACGGUGGAAAUCGUUCAGGGACAUUGUGGAACCUCCACCACCACCACCACCGUUGGAUUUCGUGGUGGACCCCACCACCACCACCACCACCACUUGGAGUGUCAGCAGUGGCUCUAGUUGGAGUGACAGUGACUUUUUAACCUCUUCAUGGGAAGAUCCGCAAAACGACAGCGUUGAAGCGGGUAAAAGGUUUUCGUUUUCACCCCUUGUUGUCGGCAAGGACCCCGGCGCCACGGAAGCGUUAACAAGCCAAGAAGAACAAAACAGUCCAGUUUCUGUUCUUCAGGUUGGAGAAGAUGAAUUCUCUCCUUUUGAUCAAAGCCUUGCUAAUAUUCAAAGGAGAAAGCAGAAGUUCAUACAAACAGUUCAGAAAUUGGAGAGUCUUGCAAAACUUGACCUUGCAAACUUAGAUCAAUGCCUCUCAUUGAAUGACAACUCUGUCUAUGAUGAAGAGUAUGAAGAUGAUGACGAUGAUCGUACUAAUAAGGACAUUGGAGAACAAGAUUGGAGUGAGGAAAAGGCACAGCAGCUGCUACAUUGUGUGAAAGCAAGAUGUUCAGCACAUGGUUGUAAAGACUAUUUGGAUACACUUCUGUUGGAUUUUUUCAGCGAAGAACUAAGUGGAAGUAGAAACCAAUAUAAGAAUGAAGAAGACUUUGAGUUGGAGACAUUGAGAAUAGCUGAGGAUUGGAUAAACGGGUCAUGUGCUUUUGAUUCAGGGCAUGCUGAUAAAGAAUCUUAUAUCAAGGACAUGGAAAGGAGAGAUCAGUGGAGUAGGUUUAAGGAGGAACAAGAAAAACUAGCCUUUGAAAUUGAGAAAGCUAUAUUUCAUACUUUGAUUGCUGAUCUCCUUGACCAAGAUGGUUGA